UCAGUAUCAUAGGUCACAAAAAUUUUUUUUUCUUCAAACGGGCUUUGUGCUACUGCGGACAGAGCACAGACAAGCAUUAAAGAAAGAGAGAGAGGGUAUCCUUGUUUGCUGUUACUACUUUUUUCUUUUCAUGCCAACUGUGGCGUUGUUUCUUUCCUCUAUUACUGCUACCUGUUCCACUCGUGCCACUGCACGUUCUUUGACAUACACUACUACUACCACUACUGCUGCAUUGAGACAACCCCAGCUACAACGACAACGUAUACCGUUCCAACUUGUAAUCCGACGCACCAUGAAGGCUUAUAUACAAUUUGUUGGCCAAAGUUCACCCGAGGGCCCACCGUCCAUCAUUGUCCAUUAUGACACACAACGCUACAUGUUCAAUUGUCGUGAGGGCACCCAACGGCUUUGUGUCCAAGAACGCGUGCGCAUGUCGAAACUACGUGAUAUUUAUUUGACUCGUAUUGCUUGGCAGAAUAUCGGUGGCAUGCCAGGCAUGCUUUUGACAUUGGCCGAUGCAGGUGUGAAGGAUCUAAAGAUCCACGGUUCGAAAAACUUGACGCACUUUUUGGUUGGCACACGUCAAUUCAUUUACCGGACAUCAUUGGCAUUGGACACUGACGAAUUCGAUGGAUCUGGGAAACCCACAACCAAUAAAGGACCAUUGACAGUAACGCCUAUCGUUGUCUUACCCGAUCAGCAUAGUCCAUACGGCACCAAGCGACGCUGGAACGAUGAAAAUGCAGACCAGGACAUGGCGUAUCGAAAAACAGUGUUGCGACAAAUGUUUCCUGUUGGCAAUAACAACAAAUCUCCUCCAGCUCAUACCAUUGAAGCAUCAUGCACACCACGCCCUCCUAUGACCACCACCACCACCACCAAGAAUCCCGAUGAAAUUGUGAUUGAUGAUGAAGAUAUCACGGAUACCACCGUCACCAAUGGACACCCAUUGGCACCUUCCGAGAAGGAGCAGAAGCAAAAACAAAAUAAACAACAACAGCGAUCCUUUGAACUUUUACGUAAUCAAUUGCCUCGUACACGACCUUAUCCAGCUGCGACAUCGUAUGUUUGUCGAGGACCCAAGUUGCCUGGUAAAUUCAAUGCAAAGGCAGCAAAAGAGUUGGGUAUCCCACCUGGUCCUAUCUACGGUCGUUUGCAACGUGGCGAAACUGUAACACUAGAGGAUGGACGAAGCAUAGAACCUAGCCAAGUGAUGGGUCCCUCAUCAUCCGGCCACUUGUUUUUAAUUGUAGAUUGUCCAGACCAGACUUAUUUAAACAACUUGAUCGCAUCCAAUGCAUUCAAGCCCUAUCAGCAAACGAAAGAAAAGGGAGAUCAGCCAUGUGCUGUGAUUCAUUUGAUUGGACAGGAUGUUCUUGACGACAAACGGUACCGUGACUGGAUGAAUCUAUUCAGCUCUUCGACAGAGCAUAUCAUUAGCACUCAAGACAUAUGCGCCCAAACCGUCCUGUACAAGUCACAUGCUCACGGUCAAGUCAAACUAUCCAAGCUCGACGAUCAAAUCUUUCCGAUACCACACUAUAGCAACACGCCCACGCGGACACUCCAGGAUUAUACGGAUCUACCAUCGAAAUGUAUCCCUCUCUCCAACAUGCUUCAAUACAACCUGGAGCCGAAACCAGGCGUGGGUGCGACACCCCAAGAAGCAAACAUUGCAGACCGUUGGGAGUUUGAUCAUGUCCGGUCUUCUGAGAAGAUAGAACAGAACCAAGAGUUUAUGGAGGCAGUACAAAGGGCAAGAGACGCAGCUUCUUCUUUGACCGAUCAUCAAGACACGUCUUUUCCUGGUGAAGAUGUGCAAGUGGUUACCCUCGGAACGGGUAGUUCGAUUCCGUCAAAAUACAGAAAUGUGAGCGCAACGUUGGUCAAGACACCCAGCCAUGGCUCAAUCAUGCUUGAUGCAGGUGAAGGUACGCUUGGCCAGAUGAUGCGACACUUUGGCGAUACGUUGCAUGAUGAACUGCGCGAUUUGCGGUGCAUUUUCGUAUCGCAUCUUCAUGCGGACCAUCAUUUGGGCGUGAUACAGUUAUUGACAAAGUGGGCGGAGUUGAAUGUGCAAGGUAGCAAGCUCUAUGUGGUCGCGCCAUUCCUGUUCAAUACGUGGCUGCAUGAAUACAGCGGUGUCGAAUCGUUCGGAUAUGGCGAUAAGGUGGUGAUGAUUCGAAACGAGAGCAUUCUUGGCGAGCGACAGCCUACAAACACAGAACUGGAACACUUUGAAGGGCUAAAGAAGACAAUGGGCAUCACCAAGCUCAAUGCAGUCAAUGUGAUUCACUGUCGCUAUGCUUAUGGGUUAACCAUCGACCAUCAAACGGGUUGGAAGCUGGUAUAUUCUGGUGACACACGACCUUGCGACAAUUUAGUAGAAGCGGGUCAAAACGCGACAUUGUUGAUUCAUGAAGCAACAUUGGAAGAUGGCAUGAAAGCAGAAGCUAUUGCCAAGCGUCAUUCGACCACACAAGAAGCUGUUCAAGUGGGCCAAAGCAUGAACGCACGGUACACACUGUUGAACCAUUUCAGCCAGCGGUAUCCCAAAGUGCCGUCGUUAUCUGAAGAGCAGAGCAACGUGUGUUUCAGCUUUGACCUGAUGACCAUCCCCAUCAAGCGGAUACCAGUUUUGCCAAAGUACACCGAGGCGAUCAGCCUGCUGUUCAAGGAGGAAGAGGAAGAAGAAGAAAAAGAAGAGAAUGCACAGUAGUAGUCGUACCAGUAGCAGCAUCGUAAAAAGUAAUAAUAAAGAUCCC